CGUCGCGGAAUGCAUCUUUCAAACCAGCACAAUCGUCCUCAUUCUCACUGAUCUUGUCUUCUCCCUUCCGCUGUUAUUCAGAAGCUCCUUUUUUUCCACGUCAGCAUUGACUGUUCUCCUUCGCUAUCUCCCUGCUAUCCCCCUUCGCGAAACGGCAUAUCGAGACCCACUUUGGUUCCCUCACAGACGUAUCGACGCCUCUCCCGGUCUUUGGCUCGCGUGCUACUCGACCAAAGUCGUUCCUUCUCGCUCUCAUGUCUUGUCUUGGUCCUGCAUGAAUAUGGUGCGCCUAUCACAUCUGCUUGCUCACGAGCGGAGACAAGAAGUCUGCACUACGCCGCUGCUGCGGUAACAGCAGACCUUGGCGACCUACAGAACCGCAAGUUACUUCAAACGAUACCAUUGGGAACAAGGAGCGUUGGACAACGGGAGGCGGGUGCAACUUAUCACCCAUGGCGACGCAUCUCUCCUUCGUUGCUGGACUCCUCGUCCUUGCCUACCUAUCGACGUUCAUCCUCUUCGCUAUUAUCCGCGUCCUUUUCGGCGUUUCCAUUCAGCGACUAUGGUGGAGCGGUUUGCGUCGCAUAGCCUUCACCCCCAAGGAAGGCGUCCGUAUCGAUAUUCGGGGUCUCCGACUUAGCCUACACAGACCUACGUUCGCGCAGCCGACCUGGCUAAGCGUCGUGAUCACCGAACUGAAGGUGACGCUUGAUCUCAAGGCGCUGGGCAACAAGACCGCACGCAAGAGAUGGGGAUCGCGUUGGGUUGGAGGCGGUAGUAUGCCGGCAAGCCGAUCGCACACGCCACCUAGGACACCAGUGAAAGUUAAUUCGCCGGGAGUGGACGAGACGGAAGUUGAAGAGACGGAAGUAGAAGAAGAAGAGGAGGAACAGCGCAGCAGGACAUGGCAGCGCUUGACGCAAUACAAAGAACGCAUUAAGCGUCUGCAUCGGCAGAUCCAAUGGAUCCGGCUUGUUGACUUGGUCGCCGAAAAUUCGUCUCUCAUCGUCCUGGGUGCGGGCUCGUUCCAGCUGUCCAGUUUCACCAUGGCUGUAGACACGCGACGCAAGACGGUUGAUCGGAGCAGGCUAUUCCAGCACCGCAAAGUCGAGUCCGAUUUGCAGCAGCCUGCCGAAUGGAUACUCACGGCACGCAAUCUUCUUUUCGCGCUGGAAGGAGACGAGGCGAACGAAAUGUUGGAUUAUGCCACGCUGAACGUGCAUGGGCUCUUAUCGCAGAAGCUGGAGGGGCUCAGAGAUGCAUCCAUUGCCCUGAAACUGGGGAGAGUCAGUCUACCGUACGAUGAUCUGCUGCUCUUCAAGGAACGGUCUGAAAAUCAGAGAAAGAAUCACAGCAGGCGUCAGACGGGAUCUCGAAACAGUGAAACCUCGUUCCGGGAAAUCAUGGAUGAGCUGGAGCGGCCCGGAAGUCAGGAAGAGGCCAUUGUUCAGACAGUGUCGGACUCAAAAGAAUUCGUUGCUUCCAUCUUGCGUGGGAUUCAAGAGAUUCAGUUUGCCGUUGGCUUCAUGGGUCUCUCCAAGCAGGUGCGGGCACGCUCCGUCAAAAAGGGACAUGCUCCAAUCUACCUGAACAUGUCUAUGAAAGAAGUCGGAUUGGAUGUUUUACGUCUAGAGGGUGGAAGUCCCGCACAUCUCACGUAUUUCUCACGGGAUGAUGUUGCGCACCAGGCUCUGCUAACUGCUAUAUCGAUAUCUGUUGGUAUUGACGACGGCCACGACCAUCCCGAACGCCUGUUUUAUGUGCCUAUGGCUACCGCAACUCUCAAAUCGACGCUGCCAUCCAAAACCAUUCAAAUGUCCAAGCAGAAAAACGUGGCAGACAGGAAUACGAACAUCCUCUUCGCCAAUCUCGUCGUCACCUCUCCGUCCAUCGAUCUCGAUCCGAAGCACUUGCCUCUCGUGCGUACCAUCUUGCGCAACCAGCGUGACCGUCCCCGUGCUCGCUCCCCGCCGAGCAAGCACCCGGAACGUCACAGACUAAUCUCGCGCCUCCUACCCAAAGCAAGCGUUAAGAUCUCCAUCCACGAACCUGUAGUGCGUGUCUCUCUGCCCUGCAUGGACAUCACUCGUCGCGGCACUGGAGAGUUCGAUUUGCUUAUUAGUGCAAUGAGCUCCAUGUCUGUCGAUUUGGAGUCCUCUCAUUCAGCAGGCGCCGAGUUCCACUACAGCCUGACAAGUACGUUUCGUGUGGCCUCCCACCAGCUGUACUACCAAACAGCCUCUGGAGAAAGACACAACCUUCUUGUCACAGAAAGUCUGGAACUUAAAGCACAGAUGAGCGCCUCCCCUCAAGUUGCCGUCGUUGUGUCUGGUAAUGCGCAGACCUUCUCCGUUUACAUGGUGCGCCCGGAAAUCAGCGAGGGCGUCCGACUGAUUGUGGCCCAGCUACGGGCUGAUGUUCUCAAAGGUCGCCCAGAAUCUGCUCCUGAUCCUCCAAGUUUCCUGCGAAGACUUCCUCCCUGGCUUCUUCACCUGCAAAUCUCGGGCUCCGAUUUCAAUGUUGAGGUCGCUGGCGUCGAUCCUUCCAUUUCAGAGCAAGCGAGGGGUGUGGCCGUUCACUUGGAGAGUUGGACAGCAGAAUACAAGGCAAAUCGCCAUGAGGAAGCUGUAACGCGGCCAACAAGGAGGCGCGCGACAAGUCGUUCCAUCGCAGGAGAUGACGUAUUCCUUCGGCCGCUCACUCCAGCGUCUCCGCGUCGGACAUAUGGCACCGAAACAGACAACCGCAGAUUGGCUGUGCAUCUGUACGGUAUGGAAGCCUUCGUAAUCGAAUCGGUCGAAUCAUGGGAACCGGAAUCCUUCAUGUCAUUGCCACGCUUCGAAGUCGCCCUCAGCACCUCCACAGAUCACCAGGGCCCACUGUUACAUAUUAAUUCGGUUGCGAAAGCGUUGUAUGUACAGUACUCUUUGUACCGCCACUUUGCUUGGGGAAUGGUCGUCACAGUCAUCCGGAAAACAUUUGCAACUCCCGAUGUCGUGCCUCUUUCUCCGACGGUGCAGCUAAGUCCCACCCCUUGGUCGCCAGACUCAGCUUCAGCCUCAACGUCUCCGUUCACGUCACCUGCACGAAAAGAAGCCGUUAUGCUAGACUUUAAAACGGGCAUUAUUCAGCUCAAGGCCACGAUGCCAUCUGAUCCGGCUCUUAUGAUUCAGAUAUUUGGCUUUGAGGCCGGCAGGCACAGAUGGUCAAUGCCAUUUGCCAAGGCGAGGCUCAUGCGACUAUACGCGGAUACUCCUAAUUUAAAGGGUUACUGGAGCAGAGUGAUUAGCAUCCGUGGUGCACGUGUCGACUACAGACAAUCGAGACGCAAAUUUGGUACGGGCUAUGUAGACGAAAAAUCCAUCGAUAUAGUCAGUGAGGCCAUUCGCGUUGCGGUUCCGCAUCAGCUCGUCGUGCAUCGCAUAUUUGACAAUAUUGUCAACGUAGUAAAAGUGUCGGAGCAGUUGCACUAUCGGUUCAAAACAGGUACGGAUGAAUAUAUUCUAGCCAAGACGCCGGAAGGGCCCAAGAAGGUACCGAAAGUCUCGCUCCGUACACAAGCCUUUCUAUUUGAAAUCGAGGACGGGGCCUUUGACUGGAAGUUGGGGGUUAUUUAUUUGCAAGGUCUUCAAGAGCAGAAGCAAAGGCUUGCAAGGGAAGAGGCAUUCAGGCUCAAGUGCAAACGCAUCAGUGAGGCAGAUUCCAAACAUGGCGCCUCACGCUUCCGGGCCAAGUCAGCGCACCAAGUUCGAGGACGUCAUGGCCGGCGUACAAGCCAAGAUAAGGGGUCUGCCGAAAGAAGUCACAGUGCAGAAGUCAGGCCCAAACGCGAGAGCUCCGACCACGCCGAUAGAAUCCCACGGUACGACGCCCAAGGCACUUGUGGCAUGAGCGAAACAGCCAAACGCUCCAUUGAGGAGGCUCGAGCCGCUCUAGACUUGUACAACUCCCAGAGCUGGAAAAGACGCAUCGAUAAUGCAUACAAUUUCCAACAUGAGGGUAUACGCGACUUGCGCAAUCUGGUUUGGGGUUUGGACGAUGAUCCUGAGGACGCCGAACAGAAGGAGAACAUCAUGAGUAUUAACGAGAGGCCUGCGCUCAUGGCUGUGCUGAUAUCUGAUCUCAACAUCGCGCUUGACAAGCCUUCAUUCCCUCUGCAUGAUUACCCAAACUACCUUCACACGGUGGGCAAAGGCAUGCCGCUGGAUAUGCAGUACGGGCUUCUAAUACCAAUGCAUGUCAAUAUAGCCAUGGGCGAGGCAAGAGUCACAUUACGGGAUUAUCCCCUACCUGUGCUUCAUGUACCUGCGAUUCGUGCUGGGCAGUCGCCAAGACUGCCUUCGCUUUCCUUAACGACAGAUUUUGUAAUUGCGGAAGAGUUUAGAGACGACGAGUCCAUUCGACAUGCACAAAUUGUAGUUGUGCCUGCGGAGCGCGAUAGCGACGGCAAAGAAAAAGGUGGGCUUAAGAUUGACGUGCGCAGAACGGUGUCUGCGGUGAAAACAUAUUCGAAUAUUAGCGUGGAUAUCAACACGAGUUUGCCUACGCGCAUUACGUGGGGCAGCUCGUACCAACCAGCUAUUCAAGAUAUGAUGCAGGUCAUCGAGAAUUUCACAAAGCCACCAGUUGACCCAUCAGAGCGUGUGGGAUUCUGGGACAAGAUUAGGCUCACCUUCCACUCUAGCAUCAAGGUUGCAUGGAAAGGCGACGGAGACGUGAAUCUCGUGCUCAAAGGCUCACGCGAUCCAUACCAGGUAACAGGAAGUGGUGCCGGCUUCGUGAUGUGCUGGCGAAAUGAUGUCGUCUGGCGUAUUGCACAGGAUGAUGAUCCCAGGAAGUUCAUGACUGUUGAUUCCGGUGAAUACGUUCUUGCAGUUCCGGACUUCAGCAAAGAUGCUAGACGUCAUUACGAACGCGUCACUAAUGAAGAACACAUGAGUGUUUCCAGUGGAUCGAGCGCCCAUGAUAGUGGCAGGUUUAAGAAGACAAUAAUGAAGCUUUCAGGCAAUGUGCAGUGGCUUGCUGGCCUCGUCUUCGAGCGCAAUACACGCGAUGGUGGAAGAAGCUUUCAAUUCAAACCGCAUUACGAGGUUGUUCUCAAAAAUUCAGAAUUUGCAAAGCCGGUCAACGGACGACCGUGGGAUGCAUAUCACGGCUUCAGAAGUCAUCACAUUCAUCUCUCAGUGGCUAUAUCUGCUCCCCACAACCGAGACUGGACGGUGACGAAUUUAAAGCCCAGCUCAAAUUACAACAGCGUACAUCUAACUCCCCGCUUCUUUAGUCAUUUCUUCGACUGGUGGAGCAUGUUCUCCGGGGUAAUGUCACUUCCUAUUCGACAAGGCAAGCUGUUCCCGGGCGUUGAAAAGAGCAGCAAAAAGUUCGCCCGGCAUCUGGCAACCAUCAAGUACAACUUGCUUUUAAGUCCUUUGUAUCUCAGUCAUAUUUACAAACACAAGGACAGCGAAGAAUAUGGCCAGAAUUUCUUUUACGCAACUGGCCUCAAGAUGAAGCUUGACAGCUUCAUGCUAGAUUUGCAUCAGCGAAGAGAGACGUUCAGAACGAUGCAUCAGAAUGCACAAGGAAAUUCUGGCAAAGGCGAGAGCACCACAAGUGCGAUGCGUAUCAACCAGGCGCAAUUGGAUCUCAUAUCUACAGACAUCCGAGCUGUGUCAGCGAAGAUCACAGGAACAGAUCUUUCAAACAUCGAACAUGCUAGCGACGAGACAUUAGCAAGUUACGAGCAGUCCGUGCCAAAGGCUGACCUUUCAUGCUUCACUAUCCCAGACAAUGAUACCGGGUGGGUUGACAUGGAUGAUUUCGUUGAGAUGGAUUGGACGUUGCCAGCAGAGCCUAACCCAGAGACUAAGAUCCUUCCGCUAGCCUUUGCACCGCGAUUUACAUACUUUAGGAAUACAGACCAUCACAACGUCAUCAAUGGGGAUCCAAACAGGUCAAGCGCAUUUGGACAUGAGCCAACGCAUUACUGCGUCAUGUCACGUCGUAACGAUCCGAGACGCGUCCAAUGCGACCUCAUUCAAGAGCGACUUGAUAAACUAGAGGAGCAAAUCUCGCAGAAUUCGAGAACCAUUGGAGACCAAGAACUCAAGCUUGUUCGGUCAACGACAGAGGCCGAGAAGGAGUUGUAUGAAGCGAGACUACGGGCUUGGAGGGAACAUCAUGAGACGCUGCAGAAGAAAUUGCGAUUCCUACAAAGCAUGCACAAGACCUUGCUUAGCCGCCUUGACGAUGGAGAUCGAAGAGCAAUUCCAGAUCCUGAGCUCGACGCAGAGGACGCAUAUUACGACACUCACGAGGAGUAUGAUCCGACGGACCCCGAAGUAUUGGGAAUGGACUCCGCUCCGCUUUCGGAUGAUAUCAGCGAUUUUAAUAACAGAUUCAUCAUCCACAACGCGCAGGUCAAGUGGAACAAUUCACUCAGGGAUAUAAUCCUACGAUAUAUCCAUCAAGUCAGUCAGCGAAGAGGAUUUGUCUACUACAUGUCGCACCGGGCAGUCAAAUUCAUUCUCGACAUUGUGGAAGAGCAGAAGAGAAACCAGGCAAAUCAGAGACCAGACAUGAUGAGAUAUCAAAGCGACACGACCAGUCCCCUUACACCUCAGGUUAGCAAAGAUGCUGAGCUUGAAGUCCAAGAUCGUAUUGAAGAGCUGCUCAAAGCUGCCAAUCGCGUCGUGACGGCAGAUGACCCGGAUCACGACGAGAAGCUCAAAAAGUCCCCUGCCGCAGGUGGUCCCGACGAUGAAAUCUCACAUAAUUUCAUAGCGCAAAAUGGGUAUCAUCUUCGCCUCAUCGCCCCGCAGAUCCAGCUUCAAUCUGAGAAGAAUAUGAAGGCUGCUGUACUAGUCACAUCCAAAGGCAUGCAACUCAAGGUGGUGCAGAUUAUGGAUAAGGACCGUCUCACAGACGAGGUCAGCGGUCUCGUGCAGCGCAGAUUCACGGCAGGCAUGGACAGCGUACAAAUCUUUGUGACGAGCUCGAAAAAUUUCUCUCCAGAAUUUCUUCGAAUGUACGCAGGCAACCGGUAUGGAACCCGCGCUGGUAGCAGUUGGCCACCGUGGGUGCCGCUGGAGGCCAUGUUCGACUUUAACAUUGAUCCUUUUGGAUUCCAGCGCGUGGUAGAAAGAACGAGUGUGAGCAUGCGAUAUGACAAGUUCAAUACUCUUCGUCUCAAAUACAAUGACGACGUCACAAGUGGGCAGGGCAACGAACAAGGCAAUGACCAGGACGAGAACCGCAUUGAUCACGUUUGGGUCAACUUCCCUCAGUUUCACGCUAUUUGCGACUCGGCACAAUACUACGCAAUGUACAUCAUUGUGCUUGAUCUUCUGCUAUAUAGCGAACCCCUGGAGAAAACUCGACGCGAAAGACUCGAAAAGAUUAUGCUCGCUUCCGACUUCAGCGACUUAAGCGACGCUCCCGGUAUGGUGAUGAAGCUUCAAGAGAAGAUCAGAACUAUGCAGGAGAUCAAAUUAAUGUUCCAAAUAAACGAACAGACGUUAAACCGACAGCAAUGGAAGGAGCGAAUUCUGCUCGAACAUGAUCUAGCAAAUUGUGAAGAUGAACUAUUCUUCAUUAUGAAAGCUAUCACUACCAGCCAACGAAGGAUUGACGAGCGCGCUUCAUCUUCAGUGCAGACUGCACUCUUGCGAUGGGAGAUUUUCGCGAAGGAACUCGUUUGGCAUCUGUUGAGAGAGCAGCACGAGCAUCUCGUGGAAAUGCAAAUUUCGAAUGCUGUUUUCAAUCGCAUCGACAACAAUGAUGGCUCAAACGAAAAUACAAUGGAGAUCGGCUCAAUUCAGGGCUUCAAUCUGCUUCCUGAUGCUAUCUACCCAACAAUUGUGGAACCCUUCACAGAGGCUACCAGCAACACAGAGAAGGCCAUGUCAAAUGCGCAUGAAUUAGCCCAUCACCACAAGAGGAAGAGCAUACUCACUGUGCACUGGCUUCAGCUUGAAGCCAUCGCUGGCAUCAAGGUUGUGGAACGCUUUGAAGCUGACGUCCAUCCGCUGAAGAUUCAACUUGAGCGGGAAGUUGGUCUCAAAGUCUUCGAGUACAUCUUUCCUGGUUCGAAUGCCAAAGCAGGAGAGAACGGCAUUAGUCCGUUCAACGUAAGACACAUGCUGCCACAGGGCGAUGAUGACGAUGAAGAGGAUCAAGAAGAUGAUUCAAACGUCUCGCCCUCGGACAGCAAUCAGCUGAUGCACAGCUCCAAUGACAAUCUCGUUGGGGCGGGAGACUUGUCACUGCGCUUGAUGCCAACCAUGAACUUGCCGGAGAUCAGGAAGGACAAGGAGAAAGACAAGAGCAGAUCAGAUCAAAGCCACCGGGACUAUUGGCGGAGUCAUUUCAAAAAGGACAAUAGUGGAACUGAUUUGCGAAAGUUGGCUAUGAAAUCUAGAACCAAGGAGGCUUCAGAGACGAGCUCAUUAAAACCUCCGAGCAUUCAACGCGCAGACACGAGCAUGUCACAACUUUCAAUCACCGCCGAGAAGGGCAAGCGGUUCGGCAAAGGCAAAUCAUCAGGAGGAUUUACGAAGGACAAGAAGGAGAAGGCCACUUCAGAUGAUCUCAACACUAUGCUGAAACGUGCUAAUGACUACAUGGCACUCGGCUACGUCCGAAUUCCUUCCAUGGUUCUUUGCCUCAGCUACAGAAGUGGUAAAGGACAGCGCACAAUUGUCCCAGAUGUUCACGAUCUUGUCUUCCGUCUGCCGACGUUGGAAUAUAGGAAUAAAACGUGGAGCACCAUGGACCUUGUGAUGCAACUACGCAAGGAAGUGACUCGUGGUUUAGUCUCCCAUGCAGGUGCCAUCGUAGGUAAUAUGUUUCACAGUCAUAAAGUGAGCAAGCUACAGCAAACCCGUUUGCGAGAUUUGGCAAGCAGUAGCGUCUUAUUAGGCAAGGGCAAAAGUGCCUUGGACACUACAACAAGUAGUGAUGCCACAAGCAGCCGGAAUCUGAGUUUGAUGGAGUGGGAGGAAAAUGAGGACGAGAAUGAAGGGCAGCCACGAACAAGCUUUGCUAGCAGCAAUCGCUACACCGAUUCCAUCGUGAGCAGCCAGCAAGGCAAUGGAAGUCAAAGUAGUAGUCUCAACGGACAGCAAGCGUAUACACCACCUUCAGAUCGACGGCCUAGAACAGCUGGGUCCAUUCCGAGUGGAAAUGGUACUGGCAGUCCGCACACAAAUCCGGUCAACAGGCGUAGAUCGAGAGCAGCCAGCAUAGCGGAAUCAGAGAAGAGUAGGAAGAGCUCUGUAAUGGGCGUCGGACGGAAACUCUCGGUCAUGGCAAAUAGACUGAGGGAUAACAGCGGUGGGGAAUUGGAUGAUGAUGGAUCUCGCCACAGAAGUCGCAUCCCAAUCCCCAAGUUCUUGCAUAACAAGGUGGACAAAGACGCUACGCCUACACCUUGAUUGACAAUCUCAUUAACAGAUUGGCGUUUCCACGAGCGAAAUUAGUCCACUGAAGGCUUGAUAUGUCAAACUUGCUCUCAUUGGGCGUUCGCCAUUCCAAACCUCAGCCUCUGUCUUAACCUUUCUUUCCCUCAACCACAUGACAUCGUCAACAGAAGUCAUUGCCAAAGAUAGAAUAUUCAUUUGUAAAUAAGAAUAACUCUGAAAAUUAAUACAGCUCCAAGUUUCC